UUAAGCUAUUCCAUUUCCUUUACACCAUUAGCAUUAGAUCUCAGACAACAAACCAUCCUCAGGAAGAUCUUCUCAUAAUCCUGUCACCGAGAUGGCAGCAAAUAGUACCGUCAUUGGUACCAUCAACUUCAUCACCUUGCUUCUCUCGAUUCCAAUCAUUGGUAAUGGAAUCUGGCUCGCAAACGAACCAGACAAUUCUUGCGUGAAGAUUCUGCAGUGGCCUCUUAUAAUUCUAGGAAUAUUAAUGUUGGUUGUGGCUCUAUUAGGCUUCGUAGGAGGGUGUUGGCGCAUCACCUGGCUCCUCAUCCUUUACCUUGCUGCAAUGUUCAUCCUUAUGGUACUGUUUGCAUGUUUGGUUGUCUUAAUUUAUUUGAUCACCAACAAGGGUUCGGGGCACCCAGCGCCAGGUCGCACAUACGUGGAACAUGACUUUGAUGAUUUUUCUGGUUGGCUACGUCGAAAGGUCGUGAGUCCUAAUAAGUGGGACCGGAUAAGAGCCUGCCUUAACUCCACGGAUAUGUGUUCUGAGUUAAACCAGAGAUAUCGCAUAGCUCAGGAUUUCUUCAAUUCUCGGUUAACCUCUAUACAGUAUGGGUGCUGCAUGCCCCCAGCUGAAUGUGGGUACACUUACAUAAAUCCAACAUAUUGGCUUACUCCCAACAACACAGCAGCGAGUAUGGAUUGCUUGCAGUGGAGCAAUGAUCAGAUGCAACUUUGCUUCCAUCGCGAUUCAUGCAAAGCGGGAUUACUUGCCAAUUUGACCAAAGAAUGGAGAAGAGUAGACAUAAUACUGUUCAUUACUCUUGUUGUUUUGAUAUGGGUAUAUUUGGUGGGAUUUUGUUGUGCCCUUGGGAAAUCUAAAACUGGAGAUACACCUCCCAGACGCAAGAAACAAAAUACAUAAAACCUUUCUUCAUGUAGUUAGUACUCACUAGUUAUGAGAUUGUUCUUUUUACUUUUUUUAUUUUUUUUUACAAUGUCAAGA